AUGGUAACUUUAUAUGUACAGGAUGGUUACACUGGACUUUAUUUUUCAAACGAAAAACAUGGCACGUGUUGGAGAUCUUUGAAAAGCGAAUUUCAGGGGCUAAAAAUGUUUAAUGUCACAGUUGAAUGUACAUACUGCGAUGAGGAAGGGGAUGAGGAUACGACAAAGUUUACAGCGCUGAAGCAUCAGGUGCAUACACUUCGUCACGAUUUAGCAGAGAAAAACGCUUUACUUGCCACAGUACAAAAAAAACUUAACCGUAAUAGACCUCAACAAUAUAAUAACGGAACCAUGAGUAACGAAUCCACUACCGGAAAAGUUAUUGGUCAUCUUCAACAUGAAAUUGAACAUUUAAAGAAAGAAGUUGCCGAUGCUAAAACUUCGAUACACAUUGCAAAAGUCGCCCGUGAGCGGGCGGAUAGACAAGCUGCUGAAAAUUAUGCAUCACACCAAACCUUAAAAUUAGAAAUCGAUUCAUUAAAACGAAUGUUGGAGC